AUGAAAGAUUGCUCAGUUUUGUCGACGCUACCAGAUGACCCGCUUUGUCGGCUGAUCGGCCGCGCAGCUUUCGACCGAGCCCUGACGAGCUAUUGGACCGAGAAGGGCUUCGCUGAACUAAAGGCUCCUCGGGUUGGCUGGCGCCAGAUUGACUUGUUUAUGCUAUUUGAGGGCGUACGUGCUGGAGGAGGCAUACAUACGGUGCACCAGCAACGGGCUUUUCAACCGAUAGCCCAGCAACAGCGACUGGCAUGGACGGCAACGAAUGCGGGAAACGCUCUCGGGAAGACCUACCGAAAGUGGUUAGAGCCCUGCGAGAAGUUGCUCGCAGAGGCGGUGGACACAGCUACGCAAAGUGACUUGCCAAAGCUUGAUUGCUUCAAUCCAGGCGAACAUAUUGCCGCUGUGGUGCGGUCUGGCAUCACCGUCAAUGAGAUCGAACCUGAGGAGGCAGCCCAGUUCCCCGAGUAUGUAUCAGCGCUCACGGACCUCUUUCUGGAUGUGCGAAAUCAUAUCAUUCGGAAGUGGUGGCGUAAUCCUACGCAGUGGCUAUCCACAGAGGAUAUUGAGCAGGAGACACCAUCAGAAUAUACCAAACUCGUUCGCGCUUGUUUCCGUUUCCUGCACUGGAGAGGCAAGAUCCUCUUUGGCGCCGUACCUCUCCAACAGCUCGCCAGCUAUGGUGUCCAGUCGCUUGCAAGAGUUUUGGUCAUCGGUGGAGGCAUCGCAGGCCUUGCAGCUGCCCGGCACUUGCGGGCAUGCGAGCCAGCAUUUGAUGUCCGGGUGUUGGAGGCCCGUCCGCGGAUUGGUGGUCGAAUCUGGACGCAUAGAGCUUCGCUCGGGCAGGCGUCUAUGGAUCUCGGUGCCAUGAUCAUCACCGGAGUCCGCCAGAAUCCCCUUGGUUUAAUUGCAUUGUAUCAGUUGAGGCUGCAUUUACGCGAAGUCGACCCGAGUUGUCCCAUAUUCGCUGGUGUUCACGAGGUUCUCGACCCCGAGCUAGACGCAAAAAUCGAAGACAUCUACAACAGCAUUCUUGAAGAGACUGUGAAAAUGCGCCAGAAGCUCCGGGAUGCUGAUCGUAUAUCUCUGGGAGACGCUUUUCGAAAAGCCAUGAAACAGAAACUCCACCAGCAGCCUGAUCAGUUUCAGCCAAUCGUCCGAUGGCACGUAUCCAACUUGGAAUACGCAUGCGCAGCACCGCUCGAGAAACUCUCCCUCUGUCACUGGGACCAAGAUGAUCCUUUCGGAUUUGAAGGUGAGCACUGCAUGGUCGAGGGCGGACUCGACCAAGUCGUGCAGGCUCUAGCCACCGGCUUGAACAUCCAGCUGAGGCGACCAGUGCAGAAAGUUGAAUGGAUGAAUGACACAGUUCGGGUUGUUUGUGGUGACGGCAGUGUCGAGUUGGCAGACUACGUCAUUUUGGCUGUACCACUCGGUGUUCUGCGUGACCCGAAACUAUUGCGUUUUGUCCCGGAGUUGCCGGUCUGGAAACGUGAUGCCCUGCGCGCUGUCGGCAAUGGCAACCUCAACAAAAUCGUGCUCCUUUUUUCGUGUGCAUUUUGGAUUUCACAUACGCAUCCGGAUCGAAAAAGCGCAAAGCUGUGCUCGUUCGGAGUUGCAUGCCCUCUUGAAGAGGUGGCCCACGACGAUGGACGCUUCUAUAUGUUCUGGGACCUUACGCCAUUGAUUGGAUGUCCUGCACUCAUGGGUAUGCUGCCCGCAGAUGCCGCUGAUUCCAUGGAGAUGCUGAGCGAUGAUGCGAUCACGGCAUCCGCUAUGCAGCGACUACGAUUGGCUUUUCCCGAAGCUCCUGACCCGCUCGAGACAGUUGUGACGCGUUGGAGAUCAGAUCAGUAUUCUCAAGGUGCAUACUCUUACGUUCCGGUGGGGAGCUCUGGCGCUGCCUAUGACACAGCUGCGGAGUCAGUGGAUGGACGCCUGUUCUUUGCCGGCGAGCAUACCAGCCGGAAACAUCCAACCACCGCAGGUGGUGCGUAUCUUAGCGGCAUUCGGGCGGCAUAUGAAGUUCUCUGUCAUUUUCAUGAAACCAAGAAGGCACACAGAAGCACCGAUACGCCAGCUGUACAUCGACUGCGGUGCAAACGACGACGCACCGAUGGCGACAUCGCGAAUGAUAUGUUUUGA